AUGACGCCGACGAUGAGGGAAGAAGAUCAAUCCCCUAUGAUCGAAGAAAUAGAGGAAUUGGAGGCCCGAGAAGAGCCUCAAGAGCAGGAAAGGCCACCCCUUGAGGGCGCUUGUCAUACCAUGACAGACCCUAACCGACCAGAUGCUAUGAGAGUUAUAGGGCAAAUUGGAAAGAGAAAUGUUCUUGUUCUUUUGGAUUCGGGGGCUACUCACAAUUUCGUGGGUGACCACCUCGCUCAGGAAUUGAAUUGUACCAUCGAAGAGCACCCAACUCUUAAAGUACUGGUGGCCAAUGGAGGGUGGAGGAGAGGAAGUAGUGCUAAGGCAGUCGAUCCUAGUUUGGCACCCAAGGCAGCGCUAAAGGCUAUAGCAGUCCAGAGACCAGCGGCUUGGUUAGUUUCAGUGGCAGAGGAAGUUGUCGCUCAAGAGGGAUCAGAAGAGAAAGUACCCGAGCAGAUUCAGAAAGUGUUGGAGGAGUUCAAGGAUAUAUUCGAGGAACCUAAAGGACUUCCUCCACCUCGAUCAUAUGACCACAGGAUAGUAUUGACCAACGGCACAGAGCCGGUUAACGUGCGCCCAUACCGCUAUGGGUACGCUCAAAAAUCAGAAAUUGAGCGAUUGGUCAAAGAAAUGCGAGAAAGUAAUAUUAUUCGGCCAAGUUCUAGUCCCUUUUCAUCGCCAGUCCUUCUCGUCAAGAAAAAGGACAACACAUGGAGAUUCUGUGUGGAUUACAGGGCCUUGAACGAAGCUACUGUCAAGGAUAGGCAUCCAAUUCCUGUUAUUGAUGAACUCUUGGAUGAACUAUCUGGAGCUCGCAUCUUCUCCAAGUUGGAUCUCCGGUCAGGGUACCACCAAAUUCGAAUGUAUGAGGAAGACAUUACAAAGACGGCAUUUCGUACCCAUGACGGCCAUUAUGAGUUUUUGGUCAUGCCAUUUGGACUUACGAACGCACCCGCGACAUUCCAACGAUGUAUGAAUGACGUGUUUCGUCAGUUCCUGCGUGACUUCGUGUUAGUCUUCUUCGAUGACAUUCUUGUGUACAGCCAGAGUAUUGAACAGCAUGUCGAGCACCUUCGUACAGUGUUGAGAAUAUUAAGGGAUAAUACCCUAUUCGCAAAAAUGUCCAAAUGCAGCUUUGGGCAGACUUCUAUCGGGUAUUUGGGUCACAUCGUAUCACAUGAGGGGGUCAGAGCCGACCCUGAAAAACUCCAGGCCAUGGAGCAUUGGCCCUUGCCGAAGGACCCACGAGGCAUGCGGGGAUUUUUAGGCCUCACGGGGUACUAUCGCAGAUUUAUCAAAGGCUAUGGUUUGAUCGCUUCUCCCUUGACGCACAUGUUGAAAAAGGGGGAGUUUACAUGGACUGAGAAAGCAAGAGAGGCCUUUGUCAAACUCAAGGCCGCUAUGAUGAGUGCCCCAGUACUUGCUCUCCCUGAUUUCUCUAAGGAUUUCGUAAUUGAGACAGAUGCUAGUGACGUUGGCGUCGGUGCAGUUCUGAGCCAAGAGGGCCACCCAAUUGCGUUUAUGUCGAAAGCCCUCACGGUGCGGGCCAAACCCUUUUCCACCUAUGAAAAGGAGCUUUUGGCAAUAGUCUUAGCAGUAGACAAGUGGAGGCCCUAUCUGAUUGGGCGAAGAUUUGUGGUGAGAACGGACCACAGCAGUUUGAGACUAACUCAGGAGCAAGAUCAGGAACUAACUCUUAGGCUCCUCAAGCAGUCCAUACGCCAGAAUCCUGAGUCUAUUCCCCACUAUUCGUUAAGAGGAGAAAUACUCUGCAAGAAGAGACGAGCCUUGGUACCUAAGAACUCGCCUCUCAAGGUUGAACUACUCAAACAUUUUCAUGACUCGAGCAUUGCUGGUCACGAAGGAGUGGCUAAAACUAUGGGGCGCAUUAAGGCACAGUUUUGGUGGGAGGGAAUGAAAGCAGACGUGAGGGAUUACGUGAAAGCCUGCCCUACCUGCCAACGUGAAAAAUAUGAGGCCAUCAAGCCUCCAGGGCACUUGAACCCUUUGCCCAUACCGGAUAAGCCAUGGGAAGAUGUAUCAAUGGACUUCAUUGAUGCAAUGCCCCGAGCUGAAGGGAAAGAGGCGGUGUUGGUCGUGGUGGAUCGCUUAACCAAGUACAGCCAUUUUGUGGCCCUACCCAGAAACUACCAUGGACCAAUGGUUGCUAAUGUUUACCAAGAUCACGUUGGAAAGCUGCAUGGUAUGCCCAAGACCAUUGUCUGCGAUCGGGACUCGAUCUUCGUCAGUGCUUUUUGGAGGGAGUAUAUGAGAAUGGCGGGUACAGUGAUCAACUUUAGCACCGCCCAUCAUCCUCAAACAGAUGGGCAGAGCGAAGUAGUCAACAGGACACUGGAGACCUAUCUGAGGUGUUACGCCGGAGAGAGACCCAACACCUGGGUCAAAUAUUUAUCUUGGGCUGAGUGGUCCUAUAACACCAGCCUCCAUUCAGGAACCGGCAUGACUCCCUAUGAAGCCCUGUAUGGUUGCCCGCCGAGUUAUGUCCCGAGGUAUGAGGUAGACACCGCAAGAGAAGAUGAGGUCGAUGUUGCCUUGAGAAACAGGGAUGACAUUCUAGCCACGCUAAAAAGAAACAUCCAGAGGGCCCAGGCUAGAAUGAAAAAGGCGCAUGAUAAGGGGCGUAGAGACAGAGAAUUUGAGGUAGGCGACAUGGUAUGGUUAAAGAGGCUGCCCAUGAAGCAGAAAUCGUUGCUAGGACAGCCCUAUUCGAAGCUUCUGCCAAGAUACUAUGGGCCGUUUCGAGUUCUUCAGAAAAUUGGUAAGGCAGCCUAUCGCAUAGCUUUGCCACCUACAGCCCUUGUCCAUCCAGUAUUCCAUGUCUCUCGGUUGAAGCCGCAUCACGGGCCAGUACCAGAGCAAGAGGAACCAUUACCAGAUGUUAGCCAACGCCCAUAUCGAAUCCUAAGGCACCGAUGGGUCACUAGAGAUGGUAGAGCCCGCCACGAGGGACGUGCAACGGCGUUAAGAGAGUUUAGGGGAGAGUUCGGCCAAGGGGAGUUCUUGCUGGAAUCACAGCCAGCAAGCUAG